AUGGACUUAUUUAUCAUCAAAGUUACAGGGCUAUUCUUUUCUUCUCAGCCUCAAGAUACAGGGCUAUUCUCUUCUUCUCCACAUCAAGAUACAAGUGGCAAGAAAGAAAAAAUCAAAUCACGUCUUAAUGUAUCAGGUACAGCUGGUAUCAGAAAGUCUGCUAGAGAAACACCUUUGAAGAAGAUAAUUGCAAGCUCUUCAAGUACUCAAAAUUCCAAGCAGGUAGAGAAGAGAAUACUACCAACUCCUGAAGCUAGAAGGAAGUCUAAAAGCGUUGAGAAAAGGAAGAUACCAAGUCCUUUGAUAAGAUCUGGAAGAACUAAGAAUCAUUCUUCUUCUAGUCCUUCAAAUUCUAAAAGUGCAGGGUCUUUGGGUUCAAUCUCAAAACUAGACAUGCAUAAGUGUUUGGCAGCAUUAGAUCAAAGUAAAACAAAAACAGAAGAGAAAAUUCAGUUCGGCAUAAAGGAGGGGAAAACAUGA